CACACAGUGUUUUAAUGCCGCUGGUUGUCCUCAAACAUCUCUUUGGGUGUUUCCUUCCUGCUCAAAGUUUACUUUCACUUCCUGAGCUUCGUGGAGUGGAGCUUGUUGUUGGCGUGUGAAGAAACUACUGACUGAAGAUGAUGAUGGAGGAAGAGGAGGACAGAGCAGAGUCUGCAGGAUCCAGCUGUCCGUCUAUGAGGAGUGACCGGUCCAAAGAUCUAAAUCCUCCAGGCUUCAGUGCUGAACCUGGACCAACGAGAGGUCAGAGGUCACAGUCUGCAGGGUCCAGCUGUCCGUCUGUGAGGAGUGACCGGUCCAAAGAUCACCCUCCACUCUUCAGUGGUGAACCUGGACCAACGAGAGUGGACCAGCAGAGCUCAGAGGUUCCCAGUGGUCAGUCUGCCCAGCAGCAUCAAACACAGCUGGACUCCAUAUUUAUGCUGCUGGAGGACAACAUCAUCACUUUUGUGAAGAACGAGCUGAAGAAGAUCCAGAAGGUUCUGAGUCCAGAUUACCCAGAAUGCUUAGAGAGUCAGAGGAGCAGCAGCAGAGAGGCAUUUGUGAAGAUCACAGUGGACUUCCUGAGGAGAAUAAAGCAGGAGGAGCUGGCUGACCAUCUGCAGAGCAAAUGUCAAGCCGCUGUUUGUCAUCAUAAACUUAAGUCUAAGCUGAAGAAGAAGUUCCAGUGUGUGUUUGAGGGCAUCGCUAAAGCAGGAAGCCCAACCCUUCUGAAUCAGAUCUACACAGAGCUCUACAUCACAGAGGGAGGGACUGCAGAGGUCAAUGAUGAACAUGAGGUCAGACAGAUUGAAACAGCAUCCAGGAAACCAGACAGACCAGAAACAACCAUCAGACAAGAAGACAUCUUUAAAGCCUCACCUGGAAGAGAUGAACCAAUCAGAACAGUGCUGACAAAGGGAGUGGCUGGCAUUGGGAAAACAGUCUUAACACAGAAAUACAGCCUGGACUGGGCUGAAGACAAAGCCAACCAGGACAUCCAGUUCAUAUUUCCAUUCACUUUCAGAGAGCUGAAUGUGCUGAAAGAGGAAAAGUUCAGCUUGGUGGAACUUGUUCAUCACUUCUUUACUGAAACCAAAGAAGCAAGAAUCUGCAGCUUUGAAGACUUCCAGGUUGUGUUCAUCUUUGAUGGUCUGGAUGAGUGUCGACUUCCUCUGGACUUCCACAAAACUACAAUCCUGACUGACCCUAGAAAGUCCACCUCAGUGGAUGUGCUGCUGAUAAACCUCAUCAGGGGGAAACUGCUUCCCUCUGCUCGCCUCUGGAUAACCACACGACCUGCAGCAGCCAAUCAGAUCCCUCCACAGUGUCUUAGCAGGGUGACAGAGGUCAGAGGGUUCACUGACCCACAGAAGGAGGAGUACUUCAAGAAGAGAUUCAGAGAUGAGGAGCAGGCCAGCAGGAUCAUCUCCCACAUCAAGAUAUCACGAAGCCUCCACAUCAUGUGCCACAUCCCAGUCUUCUGCUGGAUCACUGCUACAGUUCUGGAGGAUGUGCUGGGAACCAGAGAGAGAGGACAGCUGCCCAAGACCCUGACUGAGAUGUACAUCCACUUCCUGGUGGUUCAAGCCAAAGUGAAGAAGGUCAAGUAUGAUGGAGGAGCUGAGACAGAUCCACACUGGAGUCCAGAGAGCAGGAAGAUGAUGGAGUCUCUGGGAAAACUGGCUUUUGAUCAGCUGCAGAAAGGAAACCUGAUCUUCUAUGAAUCAGACCUGACAGAGUGUGGCAUCGAUAUCAGAGCAGCCUCAGUGUACUCAGGAGUGUUCACACAGAUCUUUAAAGAGGAGAGAGGACUGUACCAAGACAAGGUGUUCUGCUUCAUCCAUCUGAGUGUUCAGGAGUUUCUGGCUGCUCUUCAUGUCCAUCUGACCUUCAUCAACUCUGGACUCAAUCUGCUGGAUGAACAACAAACAACCUACAAGAGGUCUGAAACAAGAGAAUAUGCACAGAAACAUUUCUACCAGAGUGCUGUGAACAAGGCCUUACAGAGUCCAAAUGGACACCUGGACUUGUUCCUCCGCUUCCUCCUGGGUCUUUCACUGCAGACCAAUCAGACUCUCCUACGAGGUCUGUUGACACUGACAGGAAGUAGCACACAUACCAAUCAGAAAACAGUGCUGUACGUCAAGAAGAAGCUCAGUGAGAAUCUGUCUGCAGAGAAAAGCAUCAAUCUGUUCCACUGUCUAAAUGAACUGAAUGAUCGUUCUCUAGUGGAGGAGAUCCAACAGUCCCUGAGAUCAGGAAGUCUCUCCACAGAGAAACUGUCUCCUGCUCAGUGGUCAGCUCUGGUCUUCAUCUUACUGUCAUCAGGAAAAGAUCUGAAUGUGUUUGACCUGAAGAAAUUCUCUGCUUCAGAGGAGGCUCUUCUGAGGCUGCUGCCAGUGGUCAAAGCCUCCAACAAAGCUCUUCUGAGUGGCUGUUUUCUUUCAGAGAAAAGCUGUGAAGCGUUGUCCUCAGCUCUCAGCUCCCAGUUUUCAGGUCUGAGAGAGCUGGACCUAUGUAACAACAAUCUGCAGGAUUCUGGAGUGAAGAUUCUGUCUGCAGGACUACAGAAUCCACAUUGUACACUGGAAACUCUGAGAUUGAAUGUCUGUAACCUGUCAGAGAAAAGCUGUGAAACUCUGUCUUCAGUUCUCAGCUCCCAGUCCUCAAGUCUGCGAGAGCUGAACCUGAGUGACAAUGACCUGAAGGAUUCCGGAGUUAGGCUUUUGUCUGCGGGAGUUCGAAGUCCACACUGUAUGCUAGAAACUCUCAGGGUGGAGCCUGCUGGAGUCCAAUGGUUGAGACCAGGUCUGAGGAAGUAUUCCUGUCAACUCACAAUCGACACAAACACAGUACACUCAAACCUCCAACUGUCGGACAACAACAGGAAGGUGACACAUGUGAAGGAGGUUCAGUCAUAUCCUGAUCAUCCAGACAGAUUUGAUCAUUGGUCUCAGCUGCUGUGUAGAAAUGGUCUGACUGGUCGCUGUUACUGGGAGGUCGAGUGGAGAGGAGACGUUCAUAUAUCAGUGAGUUACAGAAGCAUCAGAAGGAAAGGAGGCAGCUAUGACUGUUGGUUCGGACGAAAUGAUCAGUCCUGGAGACUGAGAUGUUCUGAUGAUGGUCCUGAUUCUGUCUGGCACAAUAACAGAGCAACAUCCAUCUCCUCCUCCUCCUCUUCCUCCUCCUCCUCCUCCUCCUCCUCUGUCUCUAACAGAGUAGCAGUGUAUGUGGACUGUCCUGCUGGCACUCUGUCCUUCUACAGAGUCUCCUCUGACACUCUGAUCCACCUCCACACCUUCAACACCACAUUCACUGAACCUCUUUAUCCUGGGUUUGGUUUUAAUUUUUCUAUUACUGGUUCCUCGGUGUGUCUGUGCUGAGUUGAGUGUAAAGAGUGUCCUCCUGUUAGAGAAACACUCUGACUGUUGAACAGAUACAGUGGGGCAAAGAAGUAUUUAGUCAGCCACCAAUUGUUCUCCUACUUAAAAAGAUGAGAGAGGCCUGUAAUUUUCAUCAUAGGUAUACCGCAACUAUGAAAGAUAAAAUGAGAAAAAAAAUCCAGAAAAUCAGAUUGUCUGAUUUUUAAAGAAUUUAUUUGCAAAUGAUGGCGGAAAGUCAGUAUUCGGUCAAGAUCAAAAGUUCAUCUCUAUACUUUGUUUCAUACCCUUUGUUGGCAAUGACAGAGGUCAAACGUUUUCUGUUAUUCUUCACAUGGUUUUCACACACUGUUGUCAUGCUGAAAAACCCAGCCACAUUUUAUCUUCAAUGGCCUUGCAGAUGGAAGCAGGUUUUCACUCAAAAUCUCAUGAUACAUGGCCCCAUUCAUUCUUUCCUUUACAGGGAUCAGUCGUCCUGGUCCCUUUGGAGGAAAACAGCCCCAAAA